CCUUACUAUUUUUAUUUCGGUUCAAAACAACCCUAACUCAAGGCAUGCUUAGGAAAAAUCUCCCACCCAAAACGUACAUAUAUAUAAUACAAUCCUCGAGGUAAUAUUCUUAGUUUUUGCCAACAAUUGUCCAUUCUACCAAAGAAACCAUUAAUAAAAAAGAAAAAAGAAAAAAAAAACCGAUAUAAAACAAACCCAACAUCAUGAACAAGAAAAAUCAUAGGAUUUAACUACACAAUCCUUAGUAACCUCAAACUAAAUUCUCAACUUGUUCAAUACAUACAAAACCACCAUUUCCUCACAACCUUAGUUCUUACCGUCUCCUACACACUAUAUAAGCCACUUAUCCCAACUCUAAUCAUUUCCCCCGAUUUCGACAAAUAUGGGAUCCCUUUCUAGACUCUCUCGAUUCUCCAACGACAAUGAUUAUCGUAUUUACGCCCCGUUUUGCUUCAAGAAUGCCACACAUGAUCAAAACACCUCCACCUUCAUAGAUUGUUACUCUAUAUCCACUAACUCAUGGCAUCGAACCACUUCAAUCCCAAGUUAUGGCGAAAACCUCGUCUUGAAAGACUUUGCAAUGAUCUCCGUGGGCCACCACAUUUACAUAAUCGGCGGCCGCCUCUGCCGCCGACCGACGGAAAACGAUGAUGUUUCCGAUGCUGAAAUAGGGCCCAAGGUUGUCUCAUGCGUGCACAGAUACAACGUCCGAACGGACCAAUGGGAGACAUGCUCGCCGAUGGCGGAACCGAGAUUUAACUUCGCAUGCAUAGUAAGUAACGGCAAAAUCUUUGUGGCCGGUGGACAAAGCACAUUGGGUAGUGCAAAGGGAAUCUCCUCUGCCGAGGUAUAUGAUAUCACUUUGGACCAAUGGAGACGUUUGGCCAACAUGAGUACCAUGAGAUACAAAUGCGUCGGCGUCGCUUGGCAAGGGAAAAUCCACAUUGUCGGCGGGUUUGUGGACGGGGGCCCGUUUGUGAUGACACGGAGUUCAGCCGAAGUUUACGACCCGGAAAACGACGGGUGGGCAUUUGUGGCCCGUAUGUGGGAGCUGGAUGUCCCCCCCAACCAAAUUGUGGCGGUCAAUGGGAAUCUUUUUAGCUCGGGGGACUGCCUCAAGCCUUGGAAAGGGCAUAUUGAGUGGUACGAUGAGAACGAGAAAAUAUGGAACGUGGUUCGUGGCUCCCACUUCGACUUCCUAUCACCAACGCAGAGAUUGUACCUGACAAUGACUCCCAUUGGGAACCGGUUGUACUUUCUUACGGCGUACAGGUUGUCUGGCGAAGAUGCACAGCAGAGGUCGGCGGUUCACGUUUUCGAUACGUCGGCUGACAGAAACGGAUGGCGUAGCUUUGAGCCGAUUGAGGAAGAAGGAGAAAAGUCGCUUUGUGGGCAUUGCUGUGUCCUGAAACAAGAAUCUUGAUCAUUUAUCAAAUUAUCGCAGGUGGGAUUUUUUUAUUGAAGAAUUUUAUUGCAUAUUAAUCUAUAGCAUUGCACUAGUUGGUGAUAAUUUGUGCAAUGCAAUAGUUGGUGCAAUAUAAUUUGCAAUGGAAAAAUCUUAAAUGCAAGUUAUAGGAAGCUGAGGGGCCAAAUAUAUAUAUGGAGAUUAGAAAUCUUAUACUUGCAUUCAUGGCAACAAAAAUCAAAGAGAUUAAUAAAACAGAGUAAUCGACUUACAUAUAAUAACUCAAAUGAGAAGGAAAAGAUAGGAAAACGAAAAUUCGAGACGGAUCGGAUGUCAUGGAAAACUACGAAAGUAAACCAUUAUUAAAUCUAGUUUCUUAUACAUGUUAAAUGUAGCAACAUGUAUAAAUGUUAUUUUCUUCUUCUUUAGUUCUGUUUCGGCUAUCUUCGAUAUU